CGACGCAAAGGCCAAAAGUUCACAAGGGGCUACCUCGUAUAAUCACAAGCUCUCGUCUCCCUUUCCUAAUAAGGUAGCUUCGAUAGAAACACCUUACUCCAUACUUCUUCUCCCUCCCCCCACAAACACGACUACUUCGUACAACAACAACAACAACAACAACGACGACAACAACGACGACAACAACGACGACAACAACGACGACAACAACGACGACAACAACGACGACAACAACGACGACAACAACGACGACAACACCAGACCGGCCCGAUUAUAAUUAAACCAAUCAACCAAAACUUUUCUUCGUUGCUGCUGUUUGAAGCAGCUACUCGACACGGCACGUUGACUACCGCCUUGCUCCCAUCAAACCCUCCGGGGCCACUUUCGACGUCAUCAUGUUGAACAUAUUUCGCAUCCUCGCGGAUUUCUCGCACUUGGCGAGUAUCGGCAUUCUCCUCCACAAGAUGCUUCAGCUAAAAAGCUGUUCUGGCAUCUCGUUCAAGUCACAAGUCCUUUACUUCGUCGUCUACAUUACUAGAUAUCUCGACCUCUUCUCGACGAACACCUUGUACAACCUGGCCUUCAAGAUCCUCUUCAUCAGCUCCCAGGGCUACAUCAUCUACCUCAUGGCCACCGCCUACAAGCCCACCAACGACCCCAACCUCGACACCUUCCGUGUGCAGUACCUGCUGGCCGGCGCCGCCGUCCUCGCCAUCAUCUUUCCCUACUACUACACCGCCUCCGAGGUCCUCUGGGCCUUCUCCAUCUGGCUCGAGUCGGUCGCCAUCUUACCCCAGCUCUUCAUGCUCCAGCGCACCGGCGAGGCCGAGACCAUCACGACCCACUACCUCUUCGCCCUCGGAAGUUACCGCGCCCUCUACAUCCCCAACUGGAUCUACCGCUAUGCCACCGAGCCGAAGCACAAGGUCGACUGGAUCGCCAUCAUUGCCGGCAUCAUCCAGACCAUCCUUUACAGCGACUUCUUCUGGAUCUACUACAACAAGGUCCUCAAGGGGCAGAAGUUCAAGUUGCCCGUGUAAAAAAGAACGACAAGCAACACCAAGACGGGGAAAGGGGGCGGGCGAAGGGAUACAUUGGCUGCGAGGGCUGCGGUUGAUACGUUGCGUGCAUCUUCGUGUGUACCACGCGGCCUCGUAGUAUGCCUCCGCUCCCUGCGAUCUCGGCAAGAAAGGGUUUCAAUGUAGGAACGUCAUAGUCGCGCACCC